CGUCACGCUUUCCCAUUACCAUGACGACGACACCGCUGCUCUCUGAAGGCAUUCACAACUUCCUCCGCUGCAGUUCAGGAGUAAACACAACCAGUAACGGCAUGCUAUUGUGAGAGAUGCACCACAAGUUCACAAUGCCGUGAAGGAGCAACAAAAAUAUGACAAGACAUAUGACAAGGCAAUAAACAUAGAGGACUUGGAGUCAAAGCUUUUGGAGAUGCCAGAGAGGACACAUAUUGAUGCCCUUCUAGAUAUUAGUGAGCAGAGCUUCAUGAGAGAUCUGGAGCCACACGAGUGGCAUUGUUACCCCGGUUGGGAACAUGCUGUCCACGGUUGGGACAGAGUCUCUCCUUUGUGCUGCGUAAUGAUGAGUCAGAAGGACAUGGCAAAGCACAAGGAGGCUGAAAGCCUGACCACUUCGGGUUUCAACCGAAUGCCCUCUAGAGUAGGCAGCACAGCCAGCCUGAUGGAGCAGCACUGCAAGCCAAAUCCAGGCCAGCCUAACGUAAAGGACGCUGCAUCGCUGAGCCAUCAACUGGGACCUCAAGAUCAAGCAACAUCACCUUGCCACAGUGCCACUCAGAAAUCCCUAUCAGGUUCCUCAGAGAAGAAAUGGGUGGCACGAGAGACAAGUCCAGUGCUUCGCCAAACCUCACAAUCUUCUCCUUUAGUGUGUAGAGCCUUGAAAGGUCAGAAGCCCAGUGUUAGGCAUGAUGUUACAAUGGUCCCCAUCAAAACCUUCAAAUUUUUACCUCCUAUCAAUUCACUCCAGAAGGACAACAAAGGCAGGAAGACGGCAGAUGUAAAAAGCCUUUACAGGCUUAAGAAGGGGAUCAAAGCAACUCGGACAGGACUGGAUGCUACGGCUAAGUUAGAGCGUCCCAUUUCCUCCCUAGCAGCUACCGACAGCAAUCAGCAAUGCCAGCAAAGCCCCAAUUUGUUCCCUAAGGGUUGUGUUUCUGUUCCGAGCAGGAAGAAAUCAUCCAUAUGUCCCAAAAUGGACACAUUGCAUCCCACAGCGUACUCUCUGGGGAACAACAUGCCAAGAGGCUUGAUUCCACCCCUGGUGCCCGCCAAGAGUCUGCUCAUCUAAGAAUCAGAACUUUGUGUGUUACAUGAGGCGUUUGAAACAAAUGUCUCAUCUCUCAAUUCAAUCAAAUAAAUGCAUGGAAAGUUUAAGCGUUUUGUUAUACACUGACGGUCCUUUUUCAAUGCUUCUGAUGGCUUCACAGACUGUUUCUGUUGGUUAUCAUGAAUUUUAUGUGUACAGCAAUUAUACUUCAUACCUAUUUAGGCGUUAAAUGCAAUCUGAAACCACGAAUGUGUCUGAUGAGCGGAGCACAAUAUCUGCUGUCCCAGUGCAGUGUAAUAUGAUGCUAUUUUAAAUUGUGUUGAGAGUUGAAGAUGAGCUGCAGAGGGAAUUAAGGUUAAUGAUAGCAUAUCACUGUGGCUUUAUUACAUAUUAUAUUAAAAUCAUCCAAACUUUAAAGCCAUAUUGAUCCUCUUAAUGCCAGGUAGUACAAAUCAGGAUGAACAUUUGGUUAAAUUAUAUUGAAAAUAGUUUGAUCACAAUAGUACAGAAAAUUAGCUUUCGAUUGUGCCCCUUGCAAUUUAACAAUUAUUUUAAUCUGACUUGGCAAAGGUUUAUUUCAAUAACUCAGGCUAUUGCCAUUUGUAGUUUUAUUUCAACAAUUCAAUUCAAAUAGUAAAAUUCAAACAUAUCCACUACCCAAAACUUAGUUUUCUAGAAAGAAAUUGAGUAUUACACAAAAUCAAUAAAGAAGGAUGUUUUAAGCACAAGUGCCCACAUAUUGGAAAGCAUGACUCUCAGGGUUUGAUUUCCAAAUAAAAUGCAAAUAAAUAACAUUUAUCUUAAAAGAGGAGUUAAUACAGAGCAAUAAAUAAACAUCUGGUCAACUGUCAAGUCAGUAGUCUUCAAGCCAUCAAUGUGUGCAAAGCAUUUCUACAUGAUUAAUGAAUCAUGUAAUAUUCAAAUUUUCUGGGAUUUGUUAGAUACAAGCCAAAUAAAGAAAAUGACCAGUAACACUGAAAAAAAAAAUAUCAGUGUGUGAAAUACAACUCAAGUUUGACUUUUUGAAUUGAGUUACUGACAUAAUAAAUCAGAUUUUUAAAGGUUGAGUUUCAUCUAGAGCUGCAAUACUCAACAGUCUAGAAUUGAAUAUGCACAAUAUUGAGUGCAUAUUAAAUUCUAAACCAGAUUGGAAUUUCAGCAAUUAAAAUUUUUGCACUUGACAACCCUGUUAAAUCAUUUGUUUGUAUGGUUUCCAUUGUGCAUCAGUCAACUACUUUAACAUGCAGCUCUCGCAAAGCUUUUUAUGGCUUUUUUUAAAACUUUUGGAAAAAAAAGAUAGCACAAUAUUUUUCCAAUAUUUAUUGACAACUGGAGAGUAGCUUCAACAAAUAAUCAAGGCAACCAAUAACUACGCAUUGAGGCAACUGAAGCUGAAUUCCUCUAAACAUAAAUUGUGCAUGCACUCCUUUUACAGGGAGAAAAUACUGUUGCUGACAAUUAAGACCAACAAAGAUUAAACAUUUUCUUUCUAAAGCAAGGCAUUUGUCUGUUCCACUAAAGCUGGAAACAGCAAUGCUGUGUUUUUCUGAAUUCAAAAACCACAAACUAGAAGUCAAGAUCUCAAAACAAUAAAUAG